UUUAAAAACACAGAUAACGAAUAUAAAUUAUUUAAUAGUUCUAAUAGUUUAUAGAUAUCUAUUAUCACAUUAUUACACCAGCCGUCACGAAGUACCAGCGAUUUCGAAAAAAUGGUCAGUUUUACAUUCAGGGGGUUUUGUGCUCCAGUCUUCACAAUUUUCAACAAAGAUCAAUCAGUUAACACUAAACUAAUACCUGAAUAUGCUAAAUAUUUGGCUCAAAAUGGAGUUCACGGAGUUUUGGUUCACGGAUCGUCCUCAGAAGGAAUGUGUAUGUCAGCAGUCGAAAGAAAGGCAUCGCUAGAAGCAUGGUUAAAAGCAGUAAAAACUACAAAACAACACUUAAUGGUACAAGUAGGUGGUUGCCCUCUGCCAGAUGUUCUGGACCUAGCAAAACACGCUGAAAAGGUUGGGGCAGAUUCAAUUUUGUGCCUUCCUGAAUUAUAUUUCAAACCAAGCACAGUAAAGGAGCUUAUAAAUUAUUUAAAACUUGUUGGAGAAGCUGCUCCAAAUACCCCAUUGUUGUAUUACCAUAUUCCUCGUUGGUCUGGAGUUAACAUAAAUAUGGAACAAUUUUUGAACCAAGUUGGUGAGGUAAUUCCAAAUUUCAAAGGUAUUAAGUACUCAUCCAACGAUUUAGAUGCUGGCUUAGCUGCUCUUAGAGUCAAAAACCGUAAAUAUGCCGUGUUUUUGGGAGCUAAUACACUAAUAGCUCCAGCUUUUGCUAUGGGAUUCGACUCUACCAUUGGUACUUCAUUGAAUAUGUUACCUCAAUACUCAGUAGCGAUUGCAAAAGCCAUCAAAGAAAAUAAUUUAAAUGAAGCUACAAAAAUACAGGAAGAACUAUCUGCAAUUAUAGACGUUAUUACCAAAAAUGGUCAUUGGGUUCCAACGAUGAAAGCUGCCGCUACCUUAUUAUCGCCGAUUGACGUCGGCAAAACUAGGCCACCACUUGCAAAUCUGACCGAUGACCAAGUGACAGAGAUGAAAGAAUCGCUUAAAAGAUUUUCUCUUCUGUGAUGAAGUACAAUAAAUAACUUGUAAAAACUGUAAAAUUUUAUCAUAAGUAGAAACUAAAAGGCUAAGAUAAUUAUUGAUCACCUACGACCUACAGGUACCGAUUUGGUUGCAUUAUCUUCAGUUGCGAAGGACGGUUCAAAAAUAUUUUCUGAUUUUUUUCAUAGUUCCUUCAGAAAACCUUGAUUUGUCCGUUUAAUUAGUAAUUUAGAAACAAAUUGUUAUUAAAAAACCUUUACUAUUGACACGAUGUGCGUGUUCUAUAAUAAUUAAGGGACUAUCUAUAUCCCGGGGGUAUACAAGCUAAAUAUAUAAAUUCGGGCUUCAACCAUUUAACCAUUAACUGUAUAAGGGUUCUAAUUUCGAUAUAAGAACAUAAUACGUUCCUGUAAAAGGGCUGAAGGAAACAAAGUGUUCUCAAAACAAAUUAUAAUUAAAACAAUAAUUAUAUAAAACCCUUGAUCAAAAGUCAAUACCGCGAUUUAAAAUACAAAAAAGGCUCUAAGCCCUCGCGACCAAAAUGUGACUUAAUUCGCCACGCGGAGAAUGUCGCAUGUCUAAUAGUUAUUGAAUAAUCAGCCUUGUACAUGGUUGCAACUUAAAACAACUUCACGACAUAAUUAAACAAACUUUCAUGCAUAGGAUGUUAUUUAAAUAAUUAAUUAGAAUUUUGAAAAAAUGUGAAUUUAUAGGAAGCGUGACAAUAUUAGUGCCCUUAAGUAACCAGUAGGAUAAUUACCGUCACUUUGUCGCUAUGCUAACAUUAAAUCAUGGGAGAUUGGUAGAAUCUGCUUUCCAAAAUCCAAGAUUUAUUUUCAACACAUAGAUUCAAAACACCAGGAAAAUACAAAUUCAUUAAAUGCAAUCAAGUGGUUUAGGGUUAUAAACAAUUUUUGUAAAGGUAAAUAUACUAAUCGUAUUGAGUUGUUUACAUAUAAUAUAGUUAAUUUAUACAUUAAAUAUUGUUAAAAAAAAUUGUAAUGAAAAGGAUUAAAAACUAAAUCUAAAAGCUUAAAUUUAAUUUAAUAAGACGUUUAAAUACUUAACAUUAAUUUAUUGUUACAUAAUUAUAUUUUGAUUUGCG